AUGGCAAUAUCUCGAAAGGAGCUAACUGCGUCAGUUAUUAUGAAAAUUUUUGGGAAAAUUGUUGACAGCGCAAUGUUACUAGCGGAAACGCUACUGGAGCUAUGGAGGAAGAGGCCGACAUUUGUAAAGGGUAAGAAGGCAGAAGUUACUCUCCUCUUCUUCACAGUGUCCGCGUUAGACGUAAUAGGAAAGGUUGAUGAAGUGAUCGACAGCGAAACGAAAGAAACUUUUGUUGAAUGGAUAUAUCGUCUUCAACUGACACUGGAAUCUGGUACAGAAUAA